AUGGCUGAUGCAAUUAUUAAUCUUGCCUUGGAGCAGCUGGUUAAAAUCACUGCUCAAAAGAUAGUGGAAGAGGUGAGGCUAGUAGGUAAUGUCAAAAAGGAAGUGAAAAAACUUCAGAGCAAUCUUGAAGCCAUUCAAGCUGUGCUACUUGAUGCAGAGGAGAGGCAAGUGAAGGACGACAAAGCUGUGAGACGUUGGUUAGAUCAGCUCAAAGACACAUCCUACGACAUGGAAGAUGUGCUGGAUGAGUGGAAUACUGAAAUCAAGAAGUUGCAGGUUGAAGGAGAUCUUGAAGAUGCUCCUGCUCCUAAGCAGAAGGAGAUGUGCAGAAAUAUUGAGCAUGAUGGUGGUUGCAGUGUUAUGCUGAAAGGAACAGAGGAGAUAGUUAUGUAAAAAGGAAGUUGGAUUUCACUUGUGUUACUCUUUAUUUGUAUGAGUUGUGAUUUGAUUUUCUUCAUAAAGUUGUUUGUUUUUAGCGUGCUUGGAGAACUUUCUUUGUCAAUAAUGUGCAUGUAAUAUAUGGUGUGUUUGAUUGGAAAUUAGGUGUAAAAUAUUAAGUAUAUGUUAUAUGGUAUGAGCUGAACAUAUUGGUA